AUCAACACAACUAACCGUAGGACGAGCUGUAACACAUGGAAAUGGACAUAAAACGACACCAAAUUCUGUUUUUUCAGACAAGGACAGCCUGUAACACUUUUUAUAAUUAAGAUAACUUCGCUUCUGUCAUAUUUUUUUGUGCGUUUAGCUUCUAAAAGUUGUGUUAAGUUCAUUAAGAUAAGUUAUUAUUUCUGUUGGUCAUCAGAACAAUGGAGACUGGAGAUAAGAUGAAAGAACUAAACAUGUCAGCGGAUGAAAUGGACAGACUGAAAAAAGCUUUCAAAGACGAGAAAUUCAGGGACAUGCUGCGGGAUUACGCACAAGAGCUGUCAGACCCUGAGAAUAAGAGAAGAUAUGAAGAGGAGAUCAAACUUUUGGAGCAGGAGAGAGGAAACACUAUUGAAUUCAUCCACCCGGAACCAUUCAAGGCUCUCAGGACGAGUGUUAACGGCAAGCAGAAGUGUUUCAUCAAUAUCUGCUCCAGUGAAAAGGUUGGGAAGCCUGAGUGUAAAUGGGGGGAGUCUGAGGAAGGCCGCAGGGGACAGUGCUGGUCCCUGCCUCACAGUCUGCACCCAGGGAGACAGGACACAGAUCCAAAGGGGAACAAGAUCACCAUCUAUGAUGUCAUUUUCCACCCUGACACUCUCCACAUUGCAGGCAAAAACAAGAGAUUCAUGGACAUGGUGGACAGCACUGCCACUCAGGGAAUCCAGGAUGCUUUUAAAGUGACUCUGGAUAAAAACAACAUGAGGCAGAUUCGCACAAAAUACAAAGGCAACCCACAGCCUUGUGUCAUCCGAAAACCAAUACCUGGAUAUAAAGCCAGGGAGCCCUCAGAGGAGUCGGACCCUCUUGCUUUCCCAUACCCAGAUGAAAAAAGACCUCCCAUGUCCCUGCAAACCAAGCCCACAGAGUCACCUGCAACUAAAAACAGCAGUGAUGCUACACCUAAAAGCACCAGCAUCCAGCCCCAGACAGCCAAAGAACCUACCAAACCAAACUACAUGGUGAAGUAUCGAUCAUUUGUGGAUCUACAGGACUUCAGGUGUUCUAGAGACUCUGCCCAAAGCCCCAGGCCCAAGGAGAUAGUGGUUACCAUCGACUUGCCACUUCUGAAGGCGGCCACAGACGCCAGCCUGGAGGUGAAAGAGAAAUGGCUGCUGCUGGAGUCCAAGAAACCGGCCUACAGACUGGAGCUGCCCCUAGCCUACCCUGUGGAUGAAGAUAAAGGAGAGGCCAAGUUCAACAAGCAGAGAGGACAGCUCACAGUCACGCUGCCUGUUCUUCCUUCGAAUGAAGCUUUUGAUUUUGCAGUAGGGCCUGAUCAGGCUGGUGUUAGCGAUGAUGAGACUCAGGAGGAGAAGAGUGAGGAGGAGGAAGAGCAAAGAGACGUUGAGGUGGAUUUGAGGCAGCAGACAGAGGUAGAGCAAAGUGAAGAAGAGGGCGAAAGUGGUCAGGAGAAAGGAGAGGAGGAGAAGAUGAGGGAAGGCGUAGCAGAGGAAGAGCGAGUCGGUGAGAAUGAAACAUGGAUUAAGCAGAAGAGGGAAGGAGAAAACAAUGAAGACGAUAAAAGUGGUGUGGAGGAGGAGGAGGAGGAGGAAACGUGGAAGAAGCAGAAAACAAAAGGCCAAGAAGGUGUGGAGGAGGACAGUGAAGUGGAGGUGGAGAAACUGAAAGAAAAGGAGCAGGACAAUGAAAAAGAAGAUGGAAAUUGUAACCUGCAGAAAAGGCAGCAACAUUCAGCAUUCAAGGAUUCUGGCGUAAAAAGUUUAAACUGUGAUACUAAUGAUAUUCCUGAAGAAGAUGAUGAUAGCAGGCUUGUGUCUUCACCUGAAACAGAGAGACAGCCUGCUGUAAUCACAGCUGAACAUUCAAGCUGCUUAGGAAUUGAGGGAGACUCUUGGUUGGAGUCAGCACCCAAAAUGAAGAGUUCAGACGUCAAAGAGGAGCCUGAGAAGACAAGAGAGAGUGCACAUGGAAAGGAGAAGGUAGAAACAGGUGCUGCAUUUCUACACCACAUAUCCAGCGAGGAAUCCCAAACUUCCGUAGCAGCCGACACUCACAGCCAGCACAUUAAGGACUGCUGCGUUCGCCAGGAAUCCAGCGAGAUGCCUGCAACAGUUGAAGAUAACAUGUCAAGCAGCUCUGAGGAGCUCGCCAUGGGCUCAGUGAAGCCGGAGGAGAGGGAGGACGUCGAUGAAGACGACCUGCCAAUGAAGCAAAUCUUCCACACUACAGAGCACGACAACAAGCCGCCUCUUGUGCUAUUGAGGGAAGUAGAUAAAGAUGGAAACGUACAGAUCAUCAGUGAUCACUCCACCUCAGCUGGGUUCACCUUCCAAAACUGCCUGAUGUAUGAGCUGGACUGAGGAUGGUGUGCCAGGAGUCAGAUGAGGCUGUGAAGAGGUUUUUAUGUCUUACAGCAGGUUUGAAUGCAGCUUAUAUCAGUACGUGUAGUUAAUCUGCAGUGUGUCCAGCAAUAUUAAACCUGACCUUUCUCUUCAGUCACUCAAGUGCUGUACUUAAGUACAAUGACAUACGUGUACUUCACUAGAGUAUUUCCAUUUUAUGAUACUUUAUACUCCACUGCAUUUCAGAGGGAAAUGUCGUACUCUUUACACUACUACAUUUGACACUUGUGGUUAUGUUUUACAUAAAAACAUGAUAUGGUUAUAUGAUGUAAUGCGGUACUAUUCUACCCUGUGGUACAAUCCAUCUAAAAAUGGCUCCACAUUGAUGAGCUAACAACAAUAUCGCAAUGUUCUUACAUGAAUUUGUUCAUGAUGAAAGCAGCAUAAUGUAAUAUUCUGUGACAUAACACUUUAAAAGGAGCUGUUCUUCAUAAUGAAUACUUUUACUUUUGAUAAUUUAAGUACACAUUGCUGAUUAUACUUGUGUACUUUGACUUAACCUUUUGAAACCUGGACCCUAUUUUCCAAUGUUUUUAUGUUGAGGUGACUAAUGGAGAAAUACGUUCUUGAAAUUGGUCCAGUUUUGAGAGAGCACUGCAGUUGCAGGUCAUUGUACAGUCAAUUUAUGUCCAUUAAAGUGCUUGUUUGUCGCCACUGACAGGCUCAGAUUAAUAUUAUAAGUUACUGACAGUGUUACAGAAAGGAAUCUACAGAAUAAUCAAAUGUUUUUAACCUUUAACUUGAUCAGGUCUGUUCUUGUCUUACUUUGAGAGGUCUAGCUUUGAAAUUUCAGACUUUUCCACUUUGUAGAAAUCAGCUAAAUAUUCAGCCAUGACACUGCAAAGUUUUUGUAGUUCAAACAAACUCUUUGUGGCACUCCUCUCUCCAGCUCUAUCGUUUCCACUGUUGUUUUUCCUACAAGUCUCGCGAGACUUCAGAAUGAGACUUCUCCUUAAGUGAGUCACACUCAGCACAUACUUAAAAUAGCAUACAGAAGCCAGGUUGAAAUCAUUUAACAUUACAGCAUGGUGCAGCAACCUGUGUGCAAAGUGCAAAAACAAGCUCUUCAAGACUGUCAGCAUUGCAGGGAAGGUGAGAAACAACUCAGCAGUGUAUCCAACAGUGCUGUAUGCAGGAAGGCUAAACACAUAAUUGCCAAUGCCUCACAUCCAUUACACUCACAGUUUGAGCUGCUCCCGUCUGGGUGUUGAUUCAGGGUCCCUAGAGCCAGUCGAACAUAUAUAAGAGGUCCUGUAUUUCUUAUGUGGUACAAGCAAUGAACACAGACUACUAUUAUUUUUUU